AUGGGCUACCGCACGCAUUUGAAUGGCAAGUGGGGCAUCGGCGGCGGAGCUUACUUGAACACACCUUUGGGCAUGGGCUACGAGACGUUCAUGGGCUGGUAUGGUGACAGCAUGGAAAGCUGCGAUGGCACAGAGCCUGGCUUUGCUGUGGGAGGAUCUGGGCCAUUGCUGAACGCAUUGCCCGGGUUUUGGAGACAGGACAGUUCAGAGAUCUACAACUCUUCCUGGUGCUCGCUAUUGCGCGACGAGUUUCUGGUUGGCAACAUCAGCGCGAAAGAGUACUUUGUGGGCUGCAAGAGUUUUAAAGAGGAGCUUGACGAUGUUGCGGACGAGAAAAUCCGGCGACGAUCCCGGCAGAUUAUCACCGAGCACGAUUAUCGGGAGGCGCCGCUUUUCUUGGUCCACGCCUUGCAGCUCAUGCACCUGCCCAUUCAGUAUCCACGCCGCUUUGCGCCGCCGGAAGUGAACCUCAGCAGCCCAAUGAAUGAAGAUCUCCGGGCAGCCACAUACGGCGCACUGAGAUACGUCGACUGGGUGAUCGGGGACCUCGUUGAGGCAUUCAAGGAGCGAGAUCAGUACGAGAACACGAUCAUUUUCGUUACAUCUGACAACGGUGGUGCCAUCUAUGCUGGCACGGCCAACAACAAUUAUCCACUGCGCGGCGGCAAGUUCAACAACUUUGAGGGUGGCCAGCGAGUUAACGCCUUCUUCACCGGCGGUUGGGUCAGUCAGGAGCUGCGGAAGUGGUGGUUGAAGCCUUUCAAGAGCCACACGGUCGUGUCCAUCAACGACUUGUCCGAAACCUUGCUGGAGAUGAUCGCUGGCAGGCCAUAUCCUGACGGCGGCAUGCGGAAUGCACCUGGGCCGCUCAGCGGCGUCCCGAUGUGGAAGGCCAUCCUUCGCAAGAAGCAGGUUGAACGCAGGAUCACCUACUCGGAGUUCAUGGAGCUCCGUGUGGGCACGUACAUCACAGAUUUCAAGAAGAUUUGGUUCACUGAGAACAACACACUGAUUUCAGACGGAAAUUGGACGCCCAACUUCCCGAACAACUCGCAGUUCAUCCCUGAUUUGGGCUACCAGUAUGUGCGGCCAUGUAGCACGCCUUACUGCUAUUUCAACCUCUUCAACGAUCCUUCCGAGCAAACGAACAUUCUGCUGAACCCCGUUCAGGAAGAGAUCUUGCGCAGAGAAGUGUUUGAAGACUGGAACCUCUUCGUAAUCGACACCUCGCGCACCUAG